CUUGGAUUCUGUUACUCCGAACCGCCUCUCGCGCUCUCCACCACGCUGUGCCAUCUGGCCUGCUAUGCUUUGCACGUGGGGGAGACUUUUGAGUCGACUAAAAAGUCACCUCAUCUGGCCUGCUAUGCUUUGCACGUGGGGGCAUCUGGUUUGUCACGCCAUAGCACGUUUCUCCCUUCUCUGUUUACCCCCCCCCGCCUCCCUCCCGCUUCCUGUUUUCCCAUCGCUACUUUCUCAAACCCCGUCCUCGUUCCCCCACCCUUUUCCCGACUCCCGCCCCCCGUUCCCCCCGACAUUCUGCUGCUGAACCGGGUGCGGUCGCGCGCGCUGGAGGAGCUGUCAGACGCGCGCAUGCAGAACGACGGGCUGCAGAACCAGCUGCGGAUCUUCCAGGCGCGCAUCGCGGAAGCGGACGCGAAGCUCCACCUGGCGGUGCAGAGCCGCGAGCGCAGCUCCCUGCUGGAAACGCAGCUGCGCGUGCUGCAGGAGCAGGUGGAGGAGCUGGGGGAGGGGGAGGGGGAGGGGGACGGGGACGGGGAGGGGGAAGGCGCGCAGGAGGCGGAGGAGGAGGUGGUGGGGGAGCUGGAGAAGCAGGUGGCGGAGCUGCGCGCGCGCGUGGAGGACGGGGAGGAGGCGGAGGCGCGGCUGGAGAUUCUGCAGGGGCGGAACGAGGCGCUGCAGCGGGAGGUGGAGGAGGGGAUAAAGCAGGCGGAGGCCGCGCGGAGGCGCGCGGAGGAGGUGGAGCGGAGGCUAAGGGAGGAGAUGGAGGGGCUGACUGAGAGGAUGGUGCGCCUGCAGUCGGAACUGGCGGUGUCUCAGGCUAAGGAGCAGGAGCUGGGGAAUGCCGUUGCGGUUAAGGGGCUCCUGGAGCGGGAAGUGGGGGAUCUGCGGGGGAAGGUGGCGGAGAAAGAGGCGGAGAUGGCGCAGGCUGUGCAGGAGCGCGAGGAGGAGGUGGAGCGGCUGCGGGAGAGGCUGGAGCGGGAGGUGGGGGAGCUGGGGGAGACGGUGCGGGAGGAGGGGGAGCGGAGGCGGGCGGCGGAGGAGGAGCGGGAGAGGCUGGAUGGGGAAAUCGCGGCGUUGAAAUCCGAGGUGGAGGAGAGGGAGGAGGCGCUGAGGCGAGAGCUGGAGGAGGUGGCAGGGAAGCUAAGGAGAGAGGUGGAGGAGAGGGAAGCAGUGGUGGGGGAGGAAGUACAGGAGAGAGAGGCUCUAGUGGCCCGGCUGAAACAGGAAGUGGAUGAACUGACGGAAAGGGUUGGGGAGAAGGAGCGGGAGAGGGAGCGCGCGGAGGCUGAGGUGGGGGAGCUGCGGAGGCGGGUGGAGGCGGCGGAGGAGGUGGUGCGGGCGAAGCAGGGGGAGGUGGAGGUGCUUCAGGAGGAGCAGGCGGAGGAGCUGCGCGCGCUGGUGGCGCGGCUGGGGGAGGAAACCGCGCAGAUGCGGAAGGCGCUGCAGGGGAAGGAGCAGGAGGUGGCGGAGGUUGAGGCGGCUAGGGGGAAACUGGAGGAGGUGGUGCAGCGGACGGAAGGGUGGCUGGGGGAGGUCCGCGGGGAGAAUGCGGACCUGCGGGCGCAGCUAGCAGCGCUACAGCAGGAGAUGGAGGAAGCAGAGGAGAAGAAAGAGUUGGUGGUUCAGUUGACGGAGGAGGAGGAGAGGGAGAGGGAGGAGCAGCGGCAGCAGCUGGUGCUGCAGCUGCAGCAGGCGCAGGAGCGGGUGGGGGAGCUGGAGCGGAAGCAGGAGAUGGUGGCAAAGGUAGAGGCGGAAAUCAGCCUGCUACAGGCGGCGAUUGAGGAGGCAGAGGGACUGGAGAGAAUCUCUGCGGCUGUAGCAGAGCAGAACGAGGAGCUUCAGGGGGAGCUGGCAAGGCUGAGAGAGGAGGUGGCCGCGGCAGAGGCGGCGAGGGCGCGGGAGCAGGAGGAGCGGCAGGAGGAGAAGGAGGACUGGUGGCGACUGGCAGAGGAGACAGAGGCGUAUAGAGCCCAAGUGGGCGUGUUGCGGAGUGAGCUGAUGAAAACGGACGAGCUGAUGAGAGCUCAGCUAGAGCUUUACGAGGCUCAGAUGGCUGCUUUUCAGGAGAGUUUAGAUGCUGCGAAUGAGAGCGUGGAGGUGUAUAGGGCCCGGGCGGAAGAGGCGACAGCGGCGGCGGAAGAGGCGGCGGCGAUGGCUGCGGAUGCAGAGGCGGUGGCGGCGCAGUGGGAGGAAGCGGCCGCGUCCGGCGCGCUGGGUGAGCUGACUCUGGGCGGCAUGACCAGCGGGUUUGUUACCAGUGGGAGCAGCAGCAGCAGCAGCAGCAGCAGCAGUGGGGGUAGGUGGCACCGACCGGCUGUGGUUGCGGCAGGGGAGCUGCCUUGGGAGUACUGGAGUUCUCUUCUACUGAAGCUGGACGAGUUGCUGCUGCGGCGGGUGCUGACGACUGACGAGGUGGACGAGUUGAGAGACAUGGCGUGGCGGAGGGAGAAGGCAAUCAGAGACGCGUGGGAUUCUGUAGGGGGCUCGGAGGUGGUGCAGGCUGUGGCGGCGGGGGGGAACAGUGACGCGGUGCUGGGGAGGGACGCGGUGGUGGCGGGAGCGCUGAGGGGCGUGCUGGGAGGGGAGCAGCCGCCGCUGCCGCCCCUGCAUGUCGUGCAUAUAGCAGCGGAAAUGGCUCCUGUGGCGAAGGUGGGAGGGCUAGCGGACGUGAUCACGGGGCUGUCGAAGGCGCUGCAGCGCAGGGGGCACCUGGUGGAGAUAAUUCUGCCCAAGUACGACUGCAUGGACUACUCCCGCAUCAACGACCUCAAGCCAUUGGACCUCAAGUUCUCGUCCUUUUUUGACAAUGAAAUGCACGCUUGCAAGAUAUGGAGGGGCAUGGUGGAAGGGCUGCCUGUGUACUUCAUAGAGCCCCUGCACCCCGCGCGCAUGUUCUGGCGCGGCACGUUCUACGGGUGCAACGACGACUUCCGGCGCUUCACACUCUUCUGCCGCGCUGCACUCGAGUUCCUCUACGUCUCGCACAAGCGCCCCGACAUCAUCCACACACACGACUGGCAGACCGCCGUUGUGGCGCCGCUGUACUGGGACGUGUAUGUGCCCAAGGGCCUCAACUCGGCGCAGCUGGCGUUCACGUGCCACAACUUUGAGUACCAGGGGUCGGAGCAAGCCAGUGCGCUCGCUGCCUGCGGGCUGGACGUGAGCCGGCACAACGUGGCGGAGCGCAUGCGGGAUAACUUCACGCACGAUAGAGUCAACCUGCUCAAGGCGGGCAUUGUGUUUUCAGGAGUGGUUACCACCGUGUCCCCAACAUACGCCAUGGAAGUCAGAGGGCCCGAGGGCGGGCGAGGGCUGCACCUCACGCUGGGGCAGCACGAGAAGAAGUUCUUUGGUGUGCUGAACGGGAUUGACUCAGAGGUGUGGGAUCCGGCCACAGACCCGCUGCUCUGCUGCCCCUACAGCGCCGCUGAGCCCGAGGGCAAGGCGGAGAACAAGGCGUAUCUCAAGUCCAUGCUUGGGCUGUCGUCCUCAGGGCCUGAUGCACACAAGCCGCUGGUGGGGUGCAUCACGCGUCUGGUGCCGCAGAAGGGAGUGCACCUCAUCCGCCACGCCAUCUACCGCACGCUGGAACGUGGCGGCCAGUUUGUGCUGCUCGGCUCCAGCCCCGUGCCCGACAUCCAGAAGGACUUUGAGGGCAUAGAGCGGCAGUUCAGCAGCGACCCCAACAUCCGGCUGGUGCUCAAGUACGAUGAGAGCCUCUCGCACCUCAUCUACGCCGGCUCCGACCUCUUCAUCAUCCCCUCCAUCUUCGAACCCUGCGGCCUCACCCAGUUGAUUGCGAUGCGCUAUGGUUCCAUACCAAUCGUACGCAAGACAGGCGGGCUCGCAGACAGUGUCUUCGAUGUGGACGACCCAUCCAUCCCUGUGGAGAAGCGCAAUGGCUUCAGCUUCACUGCCAGCGAUGUCAAUGCGCUCAACUACGCUCUCGACCGAGCCAUAACGGCGUACUACGAGCGGCGCGAGUGGUGGGUGCAGCUGGUGGUGCACACCAUGGCCAUGGACUUUGGAUGGGAGCAGUCCAGCAGGCAGUACGAGCACCUCUACCACCGCUGCCUUCCUCACCGCCGCACCUGGUGA